AUGUCCACCACAACCCCCUCCCACCACCAACGCCCGCGCUCCAAAUCCCCGCGACGCUCCCGCCCAACCACCCCCCUCCGCCCCUCCUCCCGCGCCUCCCUCCGCGACAGCAGCGCCCAGCGCCUCCGCGGACCCUACGCCGCCUCGACCACGACCCCGCUCGAGCUACUACAAGACGACUUUGCCGAGCUGAGCGACGCCAUGGCCGACCUGGAAGCCAACUUCAUGCAGCUGCACGUCAUGCACGAGAGCCUGGCGCGCUUCGGCGAGAGCUUCGCCGCGUUCCUGUACGGGUUGAAUAUGAAUGCUUUUUGUGUCGAUUUCCCAGAGGCACCGAUCCCAGAGUCCUUCACCCGCCCGCAGAACAACCCCCAUCUCGGCCCAGCCACCUCCUCGACGUCUCAACCCCACCCCCACCCGCCGUCGAAAAACCAGGACCCGAAUGUCCCGGACGUGGAAGCCACGUUCCUCACAACCGACACGUCGUUCGUCGAGAACCCGCCGAGCAGCCGCGCGACGUCCAAGUUCUCGCACCAGCAGUCGCAGACGCCGCAGACGCCGGCUCCCGCAUCCAAGGUUGCGCGGGGGAGAGGUGGUGGGAUCCCGAGGGCCGGGGGGAGGGCAGGCGGGAUCCCUACCAGGGGAGGCGUGCCCAGGGGUGCAUCGAGAGGGAGUGGGAUUGCGAGAGGCACGGGAAGAGGGAGGGGAAGGGGCAGCUGA